AUGACGCCCGAUGGUGUCGAUCUACCCACUCUCAACCACACCCAGGCGCUGGUGGCAGAAUCGCUUCUGUCCACGCGGUCACCAAGGGCAACUUGCGAUAUGGGCACAACACUUGUUCGAUAUCAGUAUCAAAUCUUCAUUUACGAUGUCCCUCCUGAAUCGAUAGAUGGAAUAUGCGGCGGCCUUUGGGCCGGGUUGAAGAGGCACUGGCUUUGUACCGUCUCCUCGCCACACACCUGCGGAAACCUCCGUGAUGGAGACGGGAAGACUCUUGUUUGGAACUUCCACGUUGCCCCCUAUCUUUGCAACAAAGGAAUGGUCCAGUCAGCAUUCUGGGAGGCCACCAAGAACAAGUUCGGCGCCAUCAACGAAUGCAAUAUGAGAAGGAGGAUUGAUGGCCUAGCGGCGCCUCUCGAGCUGGAAGGCACGCAAUAA